AUGGACUCUCAGAUCAAGAACGCCAUCGAAAUUGCCUGGAAUCCAACAUCCGACCAAUCCCUCAAAGGGCAAGCCUUUGAGUACCUGAACCAGCUGCGGUCUGAUCCCCACGCCUGGCAGGCCUGCCUCUCCCUCUUCACUAGAUCCCCGAAGCCCUCCGAAGUAGUCCGACUUGUCGGCCUCGAGGUAGUCAACAAUGCCAUCCACACCCAGUCUCUAGACAUCCAGAGCCUGAGCUCCCUCAAGGAUGCUCUGCUCGAAUAUGUGCGGUCAACCUACGGCGCCAAUCAGCAGGGACAGGCAGACUCUCCCAGCCUGCAGAACAAACUCACCCAGACCAUCACCACACUCUUUGUCGUUCUCUACAAACAGGGCUGGGAGACCUUCUUCGACAACUUCCUUGCCCUCACAUCUGUUCCGGGAAGUGGCCAACGGGACAAUGUCAUGGGCGUCAUCCUCUACCUGCGCAUUCUGGGGUCCAUUCACGACGAGAUCGCUGAUGUCCUGGUCGUGCGCCAGAACGGCCAGGGUCGAAACCACACCGACCUCAAAGAUCUAAUACGAGCACGAGAUGUCGGGAAGAUAGCACAGUCCUGGCAAGAGUUGCUUGCGCAUUACGGAAAUCAGAAUGAUGCCAUUGUCGAGAUGACCUUGAAAAUCAUAGGGAAGUGGGUCAGUUGGAUUGACAUAUCUCUGAUCAUCAACGACGGCAUGCUCGGCCAGAUAUUCCCACUGAUUGGGAGGACCAAUCAGUCCGGCGGCGAUGACAAAGUUCGAGAUGCCGCCGUGGAAGCUUUCAACGAGAUCGUGGGCAAAAAGAUGCGCCCAGCUGACAAGACCGAGAUGAUAUCAUUCCUUAACCUGCGAGACAUCAUUGCUCAACUCAUCGCCAGCCCUCCAUUGCACGAAUUCAAAGGCACUCCUCGAUAUGACACGGACCUGGCCGAAGCCGUCGCCAAGCUCGUCAACACGGUUGUGAGCGACCUGGUUAGAGUUUUGGAAGACCGAUCGACCGACGAUGCUACCCGCAUAAAGGCGAGCCAGCUGCUUCACGACUUUGUGCCGCUGCUUUUGCGAUUUUUCUCGGACGAGUACGACGAGGUCUGCUCAACCGUGAUCCCUUCGCUCACCGAUGUUUUGCAAUACCUUCGCAAGCUGUCCGAACUAUCCCCUUCUUUCUCCGAACUGCUGCCUGCGAUCUUGAACGCAGUCAUCAUGAAAAUGCGUUUCGACGAGACUUCUUCCUGGGGCAAUGAGGAUGAGCAGACAGAUGAGGCCGAGUUCCAGGAGUUGCGGAAAAAGUUGCAGGUGCUCCAGAAAAGUGUGGCUUCCGUGAACCAGAACCUAUACAUCGAGAUUCUGUCGAACCUGGUUGCUACUACCUUCCAGACAUUAGAUGAUCCAGGGUCCCAGCUUGACUGGAGGGACCUCGACUUGGCCUUGCACGAGAUGUAUCUCUUUGGCGAGCUUGCGAUGCCCAACCAAGGGUUGAGCCCCAAGAAUCAGCCUUCUCCAGAGGCAUCCGAGAGGCUGAUGGCGAUGAUGGCCAAAAUGGUGCAGUCAGGUAUAGCAAGCUUCCCCCACCCAGCCAUUCUCCUGCAAUACAUGGAGAUAUGUGUCCGAUACUGUUCAUUCUUCGAGACUCAGCCUUCGUACAUUGGCCAAGUAUUAGAGAAUUUCGUACGUCUAGUGCACCAUGAGCAUGUUCGUAUUCGCACGCGCUCCUGGUAUCUGUUCCAGCGAUUUGUGAAGCAUCUGCGAGCGCAAGUUGGUAACGUCGCCGAGACGGUGAUCCAAUCCAUUGGCGAUCUUCUCCCUAUUAAGGCCGAGGUCCCAGGUGAGGAUGCCGACGAUGACAUGUCCUCGGAUGAGACAGACAACUCAGCCGAUGCUGUCUUCACCAGCCAGUUGUACUUAUUCGAAGCUAUCGGGUGUAUCUCGUCUACCUCCGCCACGCCCAUCGACAAGCAAGCCAUGUACGCCCGGUCUGUCAUGGAUCCCUUAUUCGCAGACAUGGAGCGUCACCUCCCCAGGGCAAAAGCUGGGGAUGCACAAGCCAUACUCCAGAUCCAUCAUAUCAUCAUGGCCUUGGGUACGCUUGCACACGGCUUCUCGGAUUGGACCCCUGGUGCUUCCGGGUCGAAUCAGCGUCCACCGCCAGCCAAGGCACUGUCUGAUGAGUUUGCACGAGCUUCCGAGGCCAUCUUGAUUGCACUGAAUGAGCUCAACACUUCAUCCGAUAUCCGUGCUGCGUGCCGGUCCGCCUUUUCGCGCCUCCUCGGUGUGCUGGGAUCUGCCGUGCUUCCGCAACUGCCUCAGUGGAUUGAAGGACUGCUAUCCCAAAGUUCGUCAAAAGACGAAAUGGCCAUGUUCCUGCGUCUUCUGGAUCAGGUCGUCUUCGGUUUCAAGACGGAGAUUUAUGACGUGCUCAACAUGCUCUUGACACCUUUGCUACAAAGGGUUUUUGCUGGUCUCUCAGAACCGAUCAACGGCACCGACGACGAGAUACAACUCGCAGAACUUCGACGCGAAUAUUUGACUUUUCUCGGAAUUAUACUGAACAACGAGCUGGGUGCCGUCCUUGUCUCGGAAUCAAACCAGGGGUUUUUCGAAUCGCUCGUCAACUCGAUCCUGACCUUGGCUAGAGAGGUCGGUCCAAGCUCCGGCAACCUCCCAGCAAGUCGACUUGCAUUCGGACUCCUUGCCAAGAUGGCGACUGUCUGGGGUGGUCCGGAUGUUGCCAAUAUCUCGGCAAACCCAUCUGCGCCAACAGGGACUCCAUCGCCCGUGAUACCUGGCUUUGACCAGUUUCUCCUUGACCGGUUCCAUUCCGUCUGCUGGGAGGUGCUGCGUGAUCCACAAUUCAAGCCGUCUUCGGACGCCCAGACGAAGCAGGUUUUGAACGAAAUCGCUGGCCUGGAGCAAACAAUAUACUUGAAAACAGGCGAAAGGUUCAUCCAGCAUGUUCAAGCGACACUAUUUCCUGGUCUAGGCAUUAACGGUGACGACUUCUUACGACCAUUGACCACUUCCACCGAUAAAAAGAACUUCGCGAAGUAUCUACAAGAACUUCUGAAAGCGAUGAGGUGA